AUGAAUAACAAACCUUUAAGUAAAAGUUGGAAUAUGUCUAAAUUAAAUCUUGCAAAACAACUUUAUAACGAAGAAAAAUACAAAUCAGCUUAUGAUCUCUUUGAACAACUUACUUGCCAAAAACAAGAAAACAAUACACAUAAAGAGGGCAUUGAAAUAUAUGGCACUGCCAU